CGCUGAUUGGGAUGAGAGAGUUUCCCGCAAGCUCCUCAAUACAGGUCGGGAGUAAUGGAGAUGCUGCAAACAGGCCCCUGGUUAGUAAUGACAGACAGUAAGGGGAGAUCACUGCCUGCAAUGCCAGAGCCCGGGAGUCCUACCACCAUGAAACAGCCGUCUGAUUCACCUGGUGGAUGUAAGAGUCGGGGUGAUGGGAGCACUGACCCUACUAUGCUCAUGGAUAAAGCUGCUACCCAGAUGGCGGCUACACCUCAAGAAAAUGUUCUGCAGAUAAUUGGCAGUCAUGGUCACAACCACACCCACGAGCGGCUUAAGGACCUGACUUCCCGCUUGUUAAAUGGCGAUCAAGACAAAAUUCCAAAGCUCUGUGCUGCCACAGCACCACAGCCUCUUCUCAAAGGGGUGGAGCCUCUUCCUCAACACGCCAGCCCUCCGAGGAAGUCCAGCGUUUCUCCUGAACUCACUUUCAAAAUAACCAAAUGCGUGGUAAAUCUAGGUGGGAAGACAAGCCGAUACGGAUCGGAUUAUGAAGGGGAAAGAGAAGAGGAGACCGAUGCACCUUUGAGACUAUCAGAAGGUGUUCUGUCCUCUCCAACUGGCAGGAGAGAAAGGCGAAAGAAAAAGAGGGGGCUUGUGAGGAAGAGAACUCCGCCAAAUCGGAGACGUCCGAUUUUAAACCCUUCUGCGGAUUAUGUUCGAUCCCCUCUUCUGCCAACCACCAUAAAUUCGAAUGACCUCACCAUUGAACCAUGCAUUCUUCCCACUAAUGAGCAGACUGAUGGCGAGAUACCUGCUAGUGUAAAUACCACCCCUAUACAGCAGCCUGUGUAUGCUUGUGAAGUGAGUGAUGUUGCACAGGACAUGGAUGAUGUGAAAGUGAGUGGUACAGAGACACAACAGCAUGUGCAGUACUCAGUGGGAGAUGUUAUCUGGACUAAAGUGUCUGGAUACCCGUGGUGGCCAUGCAUGAUCACUACUGACCCAGAGUUCAACAUGCACUUUAAGUCAAAAGUGAAUAGCCGCACAGGAUUGUUGUACCACGUGCAGUACUUCGGAGAUGCUCCAGAGAGAGGAUAUGUCUUUGAGACGAGCAUAGUCACCUUCUCAGGAAAACACCAGUACCAGUCACUUAGCCGCAGCAACAAACUACCCAUUGAUAUCAGUGGAAGGAAGCGGGCAGUUCCUCGUAAGUUCCGGGAACAGUGGGAAACAGGCGUGUCACAGGCAACCGAAGCUUUGGGUCAACGGAUAGAGGAGCGACUGGCCAAAUUCAGCUUUGUUUAUGAAAAGGGCAAAGCCCAGUUCAAUCCUUGCAUGCUACAAGAGCUUCAAGCACAACGCACUCUGGGACCACAGCAAGACCAAGCUCAGAGGGAGUCUCAAGAGCUUGUCAGCCUCACUCCCCCCGACUCCACUCAUUCCAGCCCCAACUCAACAAUACCUACUACCACCAUCCCAGGCCUCUUUUCCCACCCCACAGACAGCAGCACUUCAUCAGGGAAAACCACCCUAGCCAGAAAAGCACCUAAAACGUCAGUGAAGAAGGAUCACUGCAGAAAGCGUGGCACAACACUGAAGUAUAAGACGUCAAAAGCUUCCUCUGCAAAACGGACCCCUCUGACUGAAUCUACUGUUCAGGAUUCCUGUGUUUCAUCAGAGACGCCUGAACUCCAGAGGAAAAGAAAUACAAAUGCUGGGAAACGGACUUUCCGGAAAAAAGACCUGCUCUGUAUUGAUCUAGACCUUCAGCUAAAAGCUCCUCAGAAGAAACAGAGACAGAUCAGACAGAAGUUUCCUGCCGCACCAAAUUCAGUGAAGAAGAGGAAAAUAAAAGCAGGUGUCAGUAUCUCUGACACUGUAAAUGCAGUUUCCACUAAUCCUGGGCUUUCAGAUAUAAAGGUAUCAGUACUAAGCCCAAAAGUUUUGGAGAAGGAGGAUGGCUCUUCUAAAGGAAAGAAAAAAGGCUACAAACGUUUACGAGAGUCAAAUGAAGAUGUAGCACUGCAGCCUAAAAUGAAAAUCAAGCCUGAAAAGUUGAAAAAGCAGAAAGGCCAAAAGAAUACACCAUCAGCUGAGGCCCCUGUCCCUAAACCGAGGGGGAGGAGGCGGAAAUCCGACAAGGAUGAAAAAAGGAAACAAAUAAAAAAAGCCCCAAGUGAGGAGGAGUCUCCUGCUAAAGUCAAACGUGUCAGGAAGCGGAAACAGGAUUUAGGGAGACAGUCGUUACCUGUCGCAUCCAAAAAGCGCCGCAGAUCAUCUUACCCUGAGCCAGAGAGUUUGCUGUGUGAGCAGAGACCCGAAUCUCCCAGUGAGAGUACAGACGAAUCGCAUCCCUCAAAAAAGACGGAACGCACUGCCGGCACCAAAAAAGAGAGCGUGUGUCUGGUGUGUGAGCAGAGCGGGGAGGAUCUAGUGAUGUGUGAGGGACAGUGCUGUGGCUCAUAUCACCUGCAUUGUAUUGGACUUGAGCGAUCAGCAGAAAAGUUGCUCUGCACUGCCUGCAUCUCAGGUGUGCGUGUGUGUUUCACCUGUAAGAAGUCUGAAGGAGAGGUGCGGCGUUGCUGUGUUCUUCACUGUGGCCGCUUCUACCAUGAGGCCUGUGUACGGUUGAGCCCUCUGACCGUGUUUGAGAAUCGAGGCUUCCGCUGCCCUCUGCACACCUGCCUCAGCUGCCACUACAGUGGCCGUGGCACUGGCAAGGCCACUAAAGGAAAGAUGAUGCGUUGUUUGCGCUGUCCCGUGGCCUAUCAUGUUGGAGACCUGUGUGUUGCUGCGGGCAGUGAGAUGCUGUCAUCUUCUGCCAUUGUGUGCACAAAUCACUUCAGGGCUAAGAAAGGCUACAGUCACCACUCUCACGUCAACGUCAGCUGGUGCUUUAUCUGCUCAAAGGGUGGCCGUCUGCUGUGCUGUGAGUCAUGUCCAGCUGCGUUUCACCCUGACUGUCUGAACAUCGCUAUGCCUGAUGGCAGCUGGUUCUGUAAUGAUUGUCGCUCAGGGAAGAAACCCAAAUACAGAGAUGUUAUUUGGGUCAAACUGGGGAACUACAGAUGGUGGCCUGCAGAGAUCCGUCACCCUAAGAACAUCCCGACAAACAUCCAGCACCUGCGUCAUGAGAUUGGGGAGUUCCCCGUGUUCUUCUUUGGCUCUAAAGACUAUUUCUGGACACACCAGGGCAGAGUCUUUCCUUACAUGGAGGGGGACAGGGGAAGCAAAUACCAACAGACUGGCAUUGGGAAGGUCUUUAAGAAUGCCCUGCUGGAGGCUGAAACUCGCUUUAAGGAGAUUGAGAUGGAGAGGGAGGCCAAAGAGGCUCAAGAGAACAACAAGAAACCUCCUCCAUACAAAUACAUCAAGGUGAAUAAGCCUUGUGGACGAGUGCAGGUCUACACCGCAGACAUUUCCGAGAUCCCCAAGUGUAACUGUAAGCCGUCGGACGAGCGACCCUGCAGCUUUGAAUCCGAGUGUCUGAACCGCAUGCUGUUGUACGAGUGCCAUCCUCAAGUGUGUCCUGCUGGAGAGCGCUGCCAAAACCAGGACUUCACCAAACGCCACUAUCCCGAGACCAAGAUCAUUCGCACCGCAGGCAAAGGCUGGGGCCUGCUGUCAUUGCGAGACAUUAAGAAAGGGGAAUUUGUGAAUGAAUAUGUGGGUGAACUGAUAGACGAGGAGGAGUGCAGAGCCAGAAUCAAAUACGCUCAAGAGAACGACAUCUCACAUUUCUAUAUGCUCACUAUUGACAAGGAUCGGAUUAUUGAUGCGGGACCGAAAGGGAACUACUCUCGCUUCAUGAACCACAGCUGCCAGCCCAACUGUGAGACUCAGAAAUGGACAGUUAAUGGAGACACUCGCGUGGGCCUGUUUGCUGUGUGUGACAUCCCUUCUGGCACUGAGCUGACAUUUAACUAUAACCUGGACUGUCUUGGGAAUGAAAAGACUGUGUGUCGCUGUGGAGCUCCUAACUGCAGUGGUUUUCUAGGUGACAGACCCAAGAACGGUCAUCCUUCUGAGCCCAAAAACAAGCUUCAGAAGAAAAAGCCCAAGCGGAGAAGGGCCCGUAACGAAGGAAAGAAGUCUGAGGACGAGUGUUUCCGCUGUGGCGAUGGUGGAGAGCUGGUUCUGUGUGACAAGAAGGGCUGCACUAAAGCCUAUCACCUUUCCUGCCUAGACCGCACCAAGAGACCAUUUGGUCGCUGGGACUGUCCCUGGCAUCACUGUGACGUGUGUGGAAAGAACUCUGAUGCUUUCUGCCAGCUGUGCCCUAACUCUUUUUGCAAGGCUCACCAAGAGGGGGCGCUGCGGUCUCACCCGCUCAUGGGCCAGCUCUGCUGCCAGGAACAUGAAGACUCCGAUAUCCGCCCUCAGGCAGAGCCCCCACUGGAACACAGCGCUGAAGUACCCUCAUCCACCAAACCACGCAAGUACAGGCGCAGAACAGAGGCCAAAACCAGCAGCAAACCACCUCUCAAGAAGAGGUCCAGAAAGACCACUGACGUGUAGUGGGAUAUCGAACUAUGGAACCUGCCUUUCCUCCCACUAAUCCCGGCAACCUCCUCAGCUCCUGCCCCAAUUGAUUCAGUGAUCUUGACGUCGUGUGACUGUUCUGCCAAGCUGAAAGCACUGUAUGUGUCUGAUCAGGGAAGCGUGUUAACACUGUAGAGCUCCUCAGAGCUACCGAAUCAGGUCUCCCUACACUCACACUGCCUCCUCAUGUUCCACUCGUGUGUGUGUGUGUGUGUGUGUGUGCAUGCACUGCCAAAUAGACGACAGAGCCGACAGACUAAACACCUCAAAUAAACAGCAUUACGGACGCCAAACUUGAAACCUUUUUACGCCGUUAUGAAUCUUGAAUCUUGGCAUAGUUUUUUUUUUUUUUUUUUAAACAGUAGAUAUGUAUAUGGAAAUGUAUAUGAAAGACCAAAUUUAUAAUAAUACUGGAUUUAUUGUUAGUAACAGGUGCCAGAAGUUUUUGUUUUUAACAAGUGGUAUCUUUAAAUAAGACACUAUGGGUAGCCCUUGAAUUACAUUUUUAGAGUCAGUUCAUAUAACUGUAUAGAGCAGCAGAGUUUUUUGUUUAUUAUAUAUAGCUUGGUUCAUUUUUGUAGCUCAUUUUUGAGUUUGAGUAACCAGGACGUUAGGAUGUUAAAUCUACCUAUUCAGAGUUUUAAAACGGCAGAUCAUGACGGGCUUCUUGUGAUACUUACGAGAAAUAAAGCUGUUUCAAGCA